AUGGAUUCAGCUCAGACUCAGAGAAGAAAAAGCGGGAUUAACCUCCCAGCUUCAAUGUCUGAGACUUCGCUCCGUCUGCAGACGACGGCCUCAUCUGGGUCCCCAUCCCUUGUUAGAUCCUCAUCCAAUUUGCCAUCGCCGAUGACCAUGUCCCCCAGGACGAUCUCGAAUCUUUCGUCGCCGUCGUCAAAGUCCGGUAGUUGCAGUGACAGGUUUAUCCCCUGCAGAUCAUCAUCCAGGCUGCACACUUUUGGGCUCAUGGACAAGGAUUCGCCGGUGAAAGAGGGAGGAGGCGGCAACGACGCUUAUUUGAGGUUGUUGAAAACUGAGCUUUUUGGGACUGAUUUUGGGUCUUUUUCUUCUUCUUCUCCUGCAGGUAAAGGCUCGCCGUUGAGUCCUAACAAGAAUAUGUUGCGGUUCAAGACUGAGCAGUCGGGACCUAAUUCCCCUUACUCGCCUUCCCUGUUGGGCCAGGAGAAUGGAAAUUCUGCUGAGGUUUCUACCCCUCCUAAACCACCUCGAAAGGUUCCCAAGACCCCCAAUAAGGUUCUUGAUGCACCAGCACUUCAAGAUGACUUCUAUUUGAACCUAGUUGACUGGUCAUCUCAAAAUACCCUUGCUGUUGGCCUGGGAACGUGUGUCUAUCUAUGGAGUGCCUCUAACAGUAAGGUUACAAAGUUGUGUGACUUGGGACCUAAUGAUGGUGUAUGUUCUGUCCAAUGGACUCGGGAGGGUUCAUACAUUUCAAUUGGCACAAAUCUUGGCCAAGUUCAGGUUUGGGAUGGAACUCAGUGCAAAAGGAUCAGGACCUUCAGUGGGCAUCAAACAAGAACUGGAGUUUUAGCAUGGAGUUCGCGAAUAUUAUCUUCAGGAAGCAGGGAUCGGAACAUUCUUCUACAUGACCUUCGAGUACCAAAUGAUUACAUAAGCAGGCUUUCUGGCCACAAGUCUGAGGUUUGCGGGCUGAAGUGGUCACAUGAUGAUAGGGAACUGGCAUCUGGAGGAAAUGACAAUCAGCUUCUGGUUUGGAAUCAACAUUCGCAGCAACCACUUUUGCGACUGACGGAGCACACUGCUGCAGUAAAGGCAAUAGCAUGGUCACCUCACCAAAAUGGGCUUCUAGCUUCAGGGGGAGGAACUGCCGAUAGAUGCAUUCGCUUCUGGAAUACAACAAACGGGAAUCAACUAAAUAAUGUAGACACAGGAAGCCAGGUGUGCAAUCUAGCAUGGAGUAAAAAUGUAAAUGAGCUGGUGAGCACUCAUGGAUAUUCCCAGAAUCAAGUCAUGGUGUGGAAGUAUCCAUCCAUGGCAAAGGUUGCAACUCUAACUGGACAUAGCAUGCGAGUACUAUACCUAGCUUUAUCACCCGAUGGCCAGACAAUUGUAACUGGAGCAGGUGACGAGACAUUGCGGUUUUGGAAUGUAUUUCCAUCUGUGAAAGCACCUGCUCAAGUCAAGGAUACAGGCUUAUGGUCAAUGGGAAGAACUCAUAUUCGGUGA